UUCUUCAUAGGUGGUGCCUAUAGCAUACCACUAUCCUCGCUCGAGUCUAGUAACCACACCACUGUCGACACAUCUUACCCAACUAGGCACGCUUCUCGCCAGCGGUCCAUUAUCGGGCAACGCUGCACAUAUUCGCCGUCCCGCUGCCGUACCCAGCUAUAUUACCUACAUACCUACCACCCAACUGCUCCCUCCUGGAACGGUACCUGAAGGUUUUACACCUACCUAGUCACCGGAGGCCGAGAAACGCCUACCCACCUGAAAACAGGAGACAUCGAGCUUCUCAUACCUCCUCGUCUCCCUCACGCACACACGCACGUAUAUACGCAGCGUCGCGAUGACGGCUCCAUCCCCAAGUACCAACACGGAAGUCCCCUUUAGACGCAUCUCGCCAGCGGAUAUCGAAGAGGUCGAUGCGUUUGCGCGCAGGUUGUGCAAACGGGUGGGGGAUGCGGGCGCCAACCUAGGAGAGGUCGCGACGGCGGUACGCAACCUACACACCGUGUUGAAGCAUCUGAAAUUCGAGGUCGAGGACCCGGACUCGCCCCUGAGCACCGAUACUACCGGCGUCUAUACGCGGCAGCUGAGGCCAAUCUUGGAGGACUCCGACUUCCUUCUCAAGCAGCUGGACACCAUCUUGGGGACGAAGCACGCCCGGGGAAGAGACGGUAGCCUCGAGGCGAAGAUGGACGGAGAAAGGGGCUGGACGAUGCUCGACAGCCGCGACCUCGACAGGAUGGAGAUCAUACGCACCAAAGUCGUACACCAGAAGCUCAGCAUCGACAUGUUCCUUGACACGAUCCAGCUGUAUAACCCGUCAAAAACGAGGCGUAUGGUAGACACGAGCAGCACGAGCCUCGACUCGAUCAAAGACAAAGUCGACGCCAUCGCGUCGCGGAUAUACCUGGGGAGGAAGGAUUCGAGUCUGGGCGGAAACGAAGACGAGCUCUGGGAACGGUUCCGAGACGAACUAGAACAGGCCGGUUUCAGCAGAGACGUCUUGCGUAAGAAUCAGGACGUCAUAAGAGCGUACAUCCGCCAGCUGGACGAGCAACUCAGCAUCCAUGGCGGCAGCGCGCCCUCUGUGCGAGGGCUGUUGGAGGGUUACCACCCGCUAGAUAACAACGGACGCCGGAUCGUCCCCAGCUCGACCUAUUUCCCUCCUCCCCCCCAGACCGAUACCGAACCGGGGAGGGGAAGGUUGUACGGAAUCGACGAGGAGCAGUUGUUUCCGCCGGCCAGGAUGGGCCGUUUCCAAGACGAAGAGGGUCACAAUCCGCCGCCGCGGCCGCCUCCACCGCCCGCAGCCAUACCUGACCACCCUACUUACCUCUCCUACGACCGACACUCCUCCGGCGGCGGUGACGAGAAUGCAGCCCCUGGAGAAUCCAUGGGUCUCAUGUCUACGCAAGACCUGAUAGCGCUCGACAACAGAACUCCCGGACUUGCUCGCUAUAUGGGCAACGCACGUCUGCCACCGCCGGACCCAGCUGCUAGCGGUUUCAGCAAGAGCAACAACACGUCUCAAAUAUCUACGCAGCCGCCAACUACCCCUCUUUCGGCCCUGCAAACCGCAUUCCCUUCCUCCACCCCAUCACGCCCCGAUAAAAAGACCCCCAGCGAACCCGUAGCUCCGCCGCACCAUGCCCCACCACCGCAUCCACCCUUCGUACCAUACACCGGGCCGCCCCCGAUGCCUGCUGCUCUGAGCCAGCCAUCGCACCAAGCACCUACGACAACGCAGCGGAGUGCGUGGCUGGCGCCGGAUAGCCAGGGACGAGAGAUUCCCCUCGAUGCGAAGUGGACACGCAUUCCCCGGCGGCUGGUAUCUCCCGAAGUCCUCGCCGGGGCUGGGGUCCGAUACGAGGCGCGACCUGAUUUCGUAGCCGUACUCGGCGAGUUGUCGCGCGAAACCGUAGCUGACUUUGCCAAGCGAACCACAGAGGUACGGAGUGCGAGGCAGCGACCUGCUGUCACUGUCGUUUCGGGGACUGGGAAGGGGAGGGGCGUCGAUGAGAAGUAUCAUCCGGACAAGUACCGGAAUUGGGAUGUGAUCGAUGCCCAGCAGCAGCGGAAGCGGCACGGGAGGAGAGACUCUAGAGACUCUGGAAACUCGGACGAAGACGAAGACGAGAAGAACCACGAUGGCGCCGAAUACAUCGUCGCUUCUAGCCGUCGUCGACGAGCGAGUAGUACGGCUAGCUCCAUGAGCGAGCUGUACGACUCUAGCAGCGAUGAUGCCUCAUCAUCGUCACCCAGGGGAGACGGCCACAACAAUCCCGGUCGACGUCCAUACGAUUCCUCCUACUCGCAGUCGUAUCCCCGUCCGAGCGCGCACGCGGGUUUUCGAGACUCCCAGGCUUAUCCACGGCGUCGAAGCUCUACCCCUGCCCCGGUCUCGGGGGCUUCAAGGGCUAGAAAUGACGACAAGGAUAACCUCCCGAGCGGCCGGUCCAAGACACAAGGGGGUGGUAGAGACGGAGACGAAACAAGUCGUGACGAUUUCCAAGGCAACACUACCGACAGAAAUAACAAGGCCUAUCCGUUCGCCGUGCCGGCCCCACCGCCCAAGAACGAAGGUGGGAGCGCCAACGCUACCGUGAAGCCGAAGCCCAUCCUCAAGAACAAGCACGACGAUCCCCACGUGCGAUUUGACCUCGAGCCGCAGAUCUUGAACGGGCCCAAAUCGCUGCCGAAAAGCCUACCUUCGUAUCGCCGGAGCGAGCGAGAGCGCGAGAGGCAGAGGGGAGACGACAGAGACCGGAGCAGGGACCGAGAGAAGGACCACGAGCGGGAUCGGGAUCGGGACCGGGAGAAGAGGUACCGCUCAGACCGACACGCGGGCAGAGACAGGGACCGCGACCGCGACGGUGACGGACGUCGGGAGAAGGACUCGUACUACCACGAGCACGACCGGGGCGGCGGCCGGGACAGAAGCGAGGGGGAGGAGGAGCGCGCGCACGGGCACUACCACCGCAGCCACGGCCACGGCCGCGGCCAGCGGUACCACAGCCCUAGCAGCGCGGGGCCGAGACGCGACCGCGACCGCGACCGCGAGUACUACGACGACCGCCACGGCGGCGGCGGGAGCACCAGCAGCAGCCGACACAAGGAGGACCGCGCGGCGCGGCGGAAAUCGCACUCGGACGCGUUCCGCGCGGUGGGGCUGGGCAGCGCGGCGGCGAGCCUGCUGAGCGUGCUGAGCGAGGCGAUUUAGGGCGGGAUCCGAGAAGGGAUACCCAGAUAUUCUGAGUAUUUACCCAAGCUUGAACGUGUCGUGAUGAAGGAGGGGAAGGGAUGGGUAGGUUAGGUUAAGUUAGGUUAGGUAGCGGGAGGAAGGCUGGCGGUGGGUGCCCCCGGGCUUUCGCGAGGGAACAAGUUGG